AUUGUUGGCUGUUGCUACUCAAUUCCCUUCUGUUGGCCAUUUGCAAUUGCGAGACACCAUGGAAGAUCCUUCUUUUUCAUCUAUCUCGAUUGAGGACCUAGAUCCUGAUUUCGUUAUUUCUGUCAAGUACCCCAUCGAUCCUGCUUCAAACACUCCAACUGACCAGGCCAACUCCAAUUUGAAAACUUUGGUCGAGAAAUUAACCAAGUAUGGUUUUCUAAUUCAAAUCAGACCCGGCUACUCAAACAACAGUUUGUUGUUGUUUAUCAAAUUGAGACCAUCAAUUCUCAAAGAAAAAUACUUGAUCAAUUACAAAAUCAACGAUUGGAUUUAUAAUAUCAACGAACAUAUCAUCUCUAACGAUUCAAAUGAAAAUAGUGUUAAUGAUAACUUGGAAUCUUCCUCUCAUUUGUACGACACUUUGUCCAACUCUGAAAGAUUGAGAAUCAUUUACAAUAUUCUAAUUGAUGAUUCAUUUUUAGCUUUAACUCCUAACUUCAAUAAAUGGGAUUUUAUAACCAAUAUUCAACCAAUUCAUGAUCGAAAAUUUAAUAAAAACUUAUUAAAAAUUUGGUCUUUCAAAAGGAUUUUCAUUAACGAUGACGAUAUCAAUUUAAUUAAAAAUCAAUUUGGUGAAAAGGUUGCACUUUAUUUUGCUUUCUUAAAUUUUUAUUCAUUUUUUUUAAUUUUCCCUUCUGUUUUUGGUUUGGUGACUUAUUUUUCGAAAAACUAUUAUCUAAAUUCAAAAUUUUCCUCAGUUUACACUUUUUUCAACUUUGUUUGGGGAAUAGUUUUCAUUCAAGCAUGGAGGAGAAAGGAAAAAAUUUAUGCAAUUUCUUGGAAAACUAAAAACUCUGAUAAAAGCGCUUUGAAGAAUUUUAAGUUUAUCGGUGAAAUAUUAGUUAAUGAUUACGUUACUGGUAACCAGAUUCCUUAUUAUUAUCCAUGGAAAAGAUUUCUUAAAAAAUUGUCCUUUUUCCCCUUGGCUUUAUCUAGUGCAUUGAUCCUCAUUAUUUGGCAAUUUUUUUGUUUUAUCGUUGAAAUCAUUACAAAUGAAGUUUAUGACGGUCCUUUGAAAUCGGUUGUUUCAUUAAUUCCAACCGUCAUGUUGUCUGCUUUUGUGCCAAUUUUAACCUUUAUUUAUAACAUUUUUGUUACUAAAAUGGUUGAGUGGGAAAACCAUAGAACUCAGUUAUCUUACCAGAGAUCUUUAAAUGAAAAAUUAUUCAUUAUCAGUUUUUUAACCUCUUAUAUGGCAUUGUUUAUUACUUCUUAUGUCUACUUACCUUUUGCUUACUUGAUCAAUCCAUAUAUUGAAAACAUUCAUUUUUUCAUCUCAACUUAUAUUUCAUCUAAGAUUCCUUUAAAACAAAAUGAACCAUUUGUUAUUAAUCCCGAUCGUUUACAUAAACAGUUUUUUUUCGCGAUUGUUAUUAACCAAGUUUUAGGGUUUUUCUUGGAAUCAGUCGUACCUAAGAUUCAAUCGAUAGUUUUGAACUAUUUGUCAAAGGAUAAAAAAAUCAAUUAUAACGACAAGCCAUCUGAAAAGGCUUAUCUUGAUCAUGUUAGAAAAGAAGUGUUUCAAUUUGAUGAUUACGAUGUUAAUACCGAUUACAGAGAAAUGAUUGUCCAAUAUGGGUUUUUAAUUAUGUUUUCGCAAGCUUGGACAGUUGCACCAAUUAUUUGUUUGUUAUCAAAUUGGUUUGAAUUUAGGGGUGACGCAGUUAAAAUUUUCACUCAAUUCAAGAGAUCGAUACCUGAAAGAAUUGAUUCGAUUUAUCCAUGGAACCAGUAUUUAUUUUUGUUGACAUGGUUGGGAUCAAUCGUCGGGCCAUCAAUAACAGCAAUGUAUGGUUACUCCAGGAUUAUGUUUAAUUAUAAGAAUGAUAGUGUUGAAUUAAAUAUAUUAAAUGUUGAAAGCAAAAAUUUGAUUUUAGACAAGUUGAGUGACAGAGGGUAUUUGAAGUCAGCAGUUAAUAUUAAGAGCUGGAAGUUGUUGUCAAUAAUUUUGAUUUCUGAACAUUUUUUCUUUAUUUCUAAUUUCGUUAUUGAGACGAUUUUAAAUAAGAUCAAGUCAAAGGAAGAGAGCGAGAAUACUAAAAGGGAGUUUAAAUUGAGAAAAGGUUUUGCAUUAGAGAAAUUUCCCUCGGUUGAUUUGAGCCAUAAUAUUGAAAAGGAACUUGAUAAUGUUAACGAAAAAAGUAGUGGUGAUGGGAAAAUCAGCGAAAUUGAAGAAGCAUGGGUUAAAUUGAAUUAUAAAUCAAUUGGUGAGAUUUUAGAUGAUGCUAGAAGUAUUUCAAACAGAGUUGUAAUUAACGAAAAAGUUAAGAAAGAAGGAAUUAGCAAGCAAAAGGAAGAGGCAAAAGAAGCAGAAGAGACUAAAGAAAAAUUAAAAAAACCACUUGGAUUUUCAAGUGGGGUUCAAUCAAGAAUUGUGGAUGAGUUAUAAAACAGAUAAAAGAUUUAAUUAAUUAAAUGGUUUUGAUUUUUGAUUUUUGGUUUUUGGUUGUUGUUUUUUUUUGUUUUUUUAUUGAUUUAUUGAUUUAUUUAUUUUAUUUAUUCAUGUAUUCAUGUAUUCACUCAUUAUUUUUUGCUAUUAUAUUUUUUAAUUGCUUCACCAAGUAGAAAAUACACAUUAGCUUAUCAAAUUUCAUGGAGAACCAGCCAAGGGACUCGAGUCGAGAAUGUCGUUAUUGAGAUUGCUGUCGAGAUCAGUAUCAGUG